AUGAUAAAAAAUAUAAUUUUGAUUUAAAAUAAAAUUUUUUAUUAAAUAAUAACUCAAUUAAAUUAAAUACCAUAAAUCCUAUUAAUUAAGAUAAUAAAUAUAAAAUUUUCAGAAUUAUAUUUAUUAAGGCACUAAUUUUUUAUUUCUUCAUUAGAGUGCAAUAUUUUAAUUUAGAUGCUUUUAUAUGAGACUCCACAGUAUUCAUUCCUCCUACCUCCUAAAAGGUUGCAAGCUAUGGCGAUUGAGGGAAACGGCAUAUUAGAAUAUACAUAAUAUUAGUACUUACUUUAAUAUAAGAAACUCACUUUAGUAUAAGAGGAUUUAAAAAAGGUGAUUUAUAAUAAAUAAAUAAAUAAAUGGAUUUUUUAAAUGUUCUUUUUUAAAGAAUUGGUGGUAAUAUAAUAUAUUUAUAUUUUAAUAAAAUACCUAACAAUGAACAUAAAUAUUUUAUAUUGCUUCAUAUUUGAUAUUUCUAUUUCAUAUAUUUUUUUAAACCCUAAAUAAAUAAAUUAUUUAUAAAUUUAUUUUAAUUAAAUAUUUGUAUUCCAUAAUUCAUUAAGUAAAUAGUUUAACCUUAUUAAAUAUUAGAAAGAUAUUUUAAAUAAAACAUCUUUUUUAAAUGUAAGUAAGACUUGA